UUCUCUUAAAUCUCCGUACAACCAUUGGCUACAAGUUACACCAAGUUUUGUCGUUUUGGGGGAAAACAUUUUUUUUGCUGGAAGAAGUUGUUGCAAAUUGUAAGUUGUAGACACUUUUAGAGUGAAGACACAUUUAAAAUCAUACGCGAGCAAAGAAACGUCAGUGUCAACAGCAAGAAGAAGCUAACGUUACUGUCCUCGAGAUGUGAUGUUAACGUUGGACGUUAUCGACAAAAAGUCUUCCUACAGUCUGAGGAGUAAUGAUGGAGCAGGACCUGAUGGCGGGAUGCGGCACUGAUGUGUUGGUCUCAUUCGCCGAGUCGCUGCACAUAUACGCGGGACUGUUAACGGUGGCGACGGUGUGUGGAGGGCUGUCGGGAAUAUUAGCUGCUGCUCUUUUAUAUGUCUUCUGUCUGAAGCCUUUGCUGUUGACGAGACAAGGUCACAACGCGAGGCGGCUGCUUGAACCUGAUGAUGGGGAAUUAGACAACAACCAAAGUGACUGUGUCAGCCACUGCAGAAAGGAGCCUCCAACUGGCACCGCACAUGAUAAAGAGAAGAAGAAGCCACCACCCAUUAACAGUGAUGUGGCUGCAUUUGCAUCCAGAGCAAAGGUGGUUUAUCCCAUCAACCAAAAAUACAGACCUUUAGCAGACGGAGCGUCCAAUCCGUCACUGCAUGAGCACUCCAAGUUGCCAGCAAUGCCUAACGAUGAGUCGUCCUCUUCCACGGAUGGAGAGUCUCUGAGUCAAGAGCAGGACAACGACGAUAGCAGUCAGUUUAUCUCCUCCUCGCUGUUCCCCAAGAGCCUGCAGAACCAGAGCUUCACCAGGGUCUCUCACUACCCUCGCACACUGACACAGCCGGGUUUUGAAGGUAGGAUCAGCCUUUACUGUUUGGCCCUGCAGGAUAUCCAACAACAUUGCUCCCAGCUUCAGGAUGACAAAUGCCUGAUGUUUCUCCAAAUGGGGAAAAUAAUAUUCAGUGGUCGUUUUCCAAAAGACAAAAAUGAUGCUGACUUCUCCAAGAAUAUUCUUCAAAUGCAAGAAAAGGAACUGAAUGAGCUGAAGAAACAGUUGCCGACAGGCCACACUGCCAGCGAGAAAAAGGACGAUGCUUUUUGUACUUUGGAGGAAAUAGAGAGAGCUCAGAAAGAUCUUCUUGAACGUGGCCUUCAAGUGUCCAGGUGUUUCAGCAAGCAGGUGGAGGACUUGUGCCAGCAUCUGCUGAAGAAGACCAGCAUUUUCUCUCCAGAUGAAGCACAGGAUGUGAUUCUCUCUCUCAUCCAGACUCUUCUGUUAGUGGAAAACCAGCUGAUGAACACACAGGAAGCUUAUCUAAAGAGUAUCCAGCAGAAGUUGUUGUGGUGGGAGGAGCUGACGGGGCUUCUUCAAUCCCAACCUGUUAUGCUAAAUCGGGAAGUGUCUCUGAGGCAGGGCUUGAUAGCAACAACACUGGAGCAGCUGACGAGCGAUGACGUCUUGACUUUUAGCCACAUGGAAAAGAUACUUUCAGAGGUUCAGGCCACUCUGACCGAAGGCCUUCAACAGUGCACAGAGGAGUGCACGAGAAAGACAAAGGAGCUGGUGGAUGAGAAGUGCAGCAGAAUGGAGUCCAAGAGGAAGAAGCUUUUGAGGAGCCAGACCAAGGAGAAGAGCUGCGCCCUGGAACUGAAACAGACUCACAAUGACCUAAAGCAGCUCAACAAGGUGUACCAGGAGCUGCUGAUGAAACACAGGCAGCAGAUGUCUGACUUGGAGCAGCAGCAGGACAACAGGGUGGCUGAAGCCCUCUGUGACCAUUGGAAGAAACUCCGUGCCUCCUGGUCAAAGAGGCUUGGAGACCUAGCCAAGGAUGUUUUUCUCACCUCUGUCCCUGCCCAGUCAAAGGUCUCCGCUGAACGCUGCGAGAAGCUGUGGUUGGAUCUGGAGCAGGAGCUGGUCGCACAGCUGCAGCAAGCAGAGUGCACCACCAAGCUGCAACUGGAGGACAUGAGGGCUCAGCUGGACGAAGAUGGACAGGUGUGGAAUGAGGAGAUGGCUCUGGUACAGGCCUGUCUCAAACACUUGAGUGAACAACAGAUGACGAUCCUCCGGGCCAUGGUGGCCAGACAGAGCUACACACUCAACAGCCACGUGGGAAGGUUGAUAGAGAAGAAACAUGAGCACCUGUUGGUGGCGGUGCAGAGGUACUUUGUGGUCAGGCACUUCUGUCUGCACAUGCUGAAGGAGAUGAGGCUCUCAAAGCUGAAGGCACUCUCUCAGACGGAUUUCAGAGCUGUGCUAAUGGAAGAUCCCAGUAAAAGCCAGUUCUGUGUCAACUCAACUCUCAAGAGCAGCAGUGCCAGCCUAGCAGAGAGGCAUCUGGGCCCAGAGAGUCAGCUGGUUGGCCACAGCUUCCAGCAGGAGUUCCUGUCUGAACUGGAAACGGGGAUGGAGCUUCUCCAGAGCCACGCACAGCUGGUGGUAGGCAACGCCCUUAGCCACGCCAUCCAACAGAUGAUGGAGAACCCACCCACCGAGUCGCGUACUUCUCCAAAACAGGAUGAUGGCUUGAAGCGCCACCUGACAGAGGCUGCCUCGGAGAGCGUGUAUGUGACCAAAGAUUCUCUCACCGCACUGGUCCAAAGCUACUAUUCCCACCUGAAGGACAUCGUAAAGAAAAUGGAGCAGGAUCAGUUUAACAUAAACAAGGAGGUGACUGAGAAACAAGAGAGCAGCAGUCAGCUGAGCAGAUCCUUGCUGAGGGAGCUGGUGAACUGGGGCAAGAAACCCACUUCUGCUGAGUUUCAACAGAGGGUUGAACUCCACAAAGGGAGGGUGUUGGAGCAGUGUGAUCUGGACCAGGAAGUUAUAUAUGAGGAACUGAGGCAGAAGAAAGUAGCCCAGGAUCAGAACAUGGAAAGGAUCAAAGCACAGCUGCUGGAGGCAGAAGAAAGCUUCAUAACUGAGCUGGCAGCCUCGGCCCGGGUCUCCCUCCACAGUCCGGACCUAGAACCCAGCGGUGAGGAGGACAACACUGGUCAUGAGAGUGCAACUAUAUUGGACCUGCUGUCCCUGAACCCGGCAUUAGAUCCAGCCUUGAAUCCUUCACUGACGCCAACCUUUGUAACUCCUGUGGUGAAAUCAAAAACAAAGAAGAAAAGAGACAGAGAAUCUGAAACCUUAACGCAGUAAUGUUUACAUAUUUGUCAUGUCCUGUGAAACCUUUACUCUUGUUAUAGUUGGUGCCGUAAUGCCAAUUCUGGUCUGUUUGUACCAACUUUGUUGUUAGGAAGGUACCUUGGGUUUGUCUGCAUUAAGCAAGAGGGAUCUUUCCCUAAUGUAUGUAUAAGUAGACUAUCCAGUCAAAUUUUAAAUGUUUCUGUGCUAUACUGAAAUGUUGCAAUAAUGACAACACAAUCAGUUUUCCUCAAUUGGUAGAUGUUUUUGUAAAUGCCAAGUGCUGUGAAAUAAAAAAGCAGAUUAUGUUUUGAAUACAUUAUUCAACCUUUGUACUUUUUUUCACCUGGUAUACAGAAGUGCUACGCUACAGGCCUGACAGUGAUA